ACACGUCGACCUCGCUGUUUACACCUAACUCUACGCAAAACAGCUACUGUAGUCUUAGUCUGUGAUUGAAAGCCUCAUUCGAUCCCCGGAACGAUGUCUAUUACCCACAUAACAUCUGUACCUCAGCUCAAUGGCAUCCUCUCGAAAUCGAAGGACAAGCUUUCUGUCAUUGAUUUCCAUGCGACAUGGUGUGGACCCUGCCAUGCAAUAGCACCCACAUUCGAGGCGCUGUCGAAGCAAUACAAGAAUGUGAACUUCUUGAAGUGCGACGUGGACGCUGCGAAGGACGUGGCUAGUUUAUAUCGCGUCGGCGCAAUGCCUACAUUUAUCUUCUUGAAGGGAGAGACCAAGGUGGAUGAAGUGCGAGGGGCAAACCGAGUAGGGUUGGAGAGCGCAGUCCGCCGACAUGCCUCAUCGUCGGGUUCAGCAUCCGCGUUCUCGGGCAAAGGUCAGACGUUAGGCGGUUCGACUCCGAAACCGGAUGUAGGCGAUGCCAUUGCCGGAGUGAAGAAUUUGGACCCUCAAGUUAAGGUCCUCCUCGCUCUGCUGGGAGCCUAUCUACUUUUCUGGUACUUGAGUUAGGAGGUCCGCCCCGAGCACGUAUGUCAAUAUAGUGCACAUUCUGCUGUCGUAUAGCAUACAUGAGGACAGGCGUGUAAUGCUAGGGUUAGUCAUCAUGCUUGUAUUAGAAGUUGUCUUCGGAAAAUCGAAAGGUGGGCAAUUACCUGAGCUCC